CCCCCCCUCCAACCCUUCAAUUAAGUCUCUAAAUUAGCCACAAAAACCUUACUUUCUCGUUCAAUUCUCCAUCCGGGUAUUCUUAAUUUAGUCUCUUGAAUCCGAUUUAGCUAAAAAGUUUCAAUCUUUACACAGAUCAGAGGUUGAUGCUGUGUGAAUGAUUUUGUUGGUUUUUGGUGGGGGGUUUUGUGGCCGUUUGAUUUGUAGACUUUUUGAGUUUGAAUCUUUUAUGUAAAGAGGAUAAGAGUGGUGGGAUUUUGAUUUGGUUAGUGUUUCAUGCUUGCAUGUAGAGAAUUGUGGAGUUUGGGUACUAAAGUUUAAUCAUUUUUGUUGAUUAACGAUAAGGGGGUUUGAUAAUUUAUAGUGUUGUUUUAAAUUUCUUCUAUUUGUUGAAUUUUGCAUGUAUAAGCAAUAAGGGGUCCUCUGCUAAAUUGUAGAGGAUCCCACGCUGGUGUUGGUUAGAUUUUAUAGUUUUUGUUGGGAACUGGUGAAAUGAAAAAUAUAGUUAUUUGAAUUGUGGUUUCUCUUGGAGUGAUUUUGCUAGAAUUGGGAUUUUGUUGAUUGGUGGUGUGUCAAGUAUUUAUUGUAUUUAUAUAAAUUAUUUUUUGGACGGAAAAUGUUUGGUUCUGGUUCCAGUACUGGCCAUGAUAAUAGUGGAGUAAUUCCGGUGCGCUUCGUCUGGCCUUAUGGAGGGGGAGAAGUGUCUAUCUUUGGUACCUUUACUAGGUGGAUUGACCUUUUACCUUUGUCCCCGGUGGAAGGGUGCCCUAAUGUAUUUCAAAUUGUUGUUAGCUUAGUGCCUGGAUUGCAUCAGUUCAAGUUCCGUGUAGAUGGACAAUGGCAGGUUGAUGAGCAGUUAUCCUUUGUUGAUGGGCCUUAUGGGGUGGUAAAUACUGUUGUCUUAACUAAGGAUCCUCCACAAAUUCUUAAUUCCGAGACACCUGGGAGAUCCAACAUGGAGCUGGAUGAUGUUUCUGUUUGCCCGGAAGUACUCCAAGGGAUAUCAGCAACUGAGUUGGAGGUCUCUCGUCAUCGUAUUUCUGCUUUCUUGUCCACACAUACUGCAUACGAGUUGCUUCCAGAGUCAGGCAAGGUUAUUGCCUUGGAUGUUACUCUACCUGUGAAGCAAGCCUUUCAUAUUCUCUAUGAACAGGGCAUCCCUAUGGCUCCUCUCUGGGACUUUUGCAAGGGCCAGUUUGUUGGAGUGCUUACUGCAUUGGACUUCAUCUUGAUUCUGAGGGAGCUUGGAACUCAUGGAUCUAAUCUGACGGAGGAAGAAUUAGAGACACAUACUAUAUCUGCUUGGAAGGAAGGAAAAAUGCAUCUCAACAGACAGAUUGAUGGUAGUGGGAGAGCAUACUCUAAACAUCUGAUCCAUGCAGGGCCAUAUGAUUCGAUGAAAGAUGUUUCUUUGAAAAUUUUGCAAAACAGCGUAUCAACAGUUCCCAUUAUUCAUUCUGCUUCUCAUGAUGGCUCAUUUCCGCAGCUACUUCAUCUUGCUUCCCUGUCUGGAAUACUAAAAUGUAUAUGCAGGUAUUUCAGACAUUCUGCUGGCUCCUUACCCAUUCUUCAACAGCCAAUUUGUUCAAUUCCUUUGGGUACAUGGGUUCCAAAAAUUGGGGAACCAAACAGACGGCCAUUUGCAAUGCUGAGACCAAAUGCUUCUCUCGGUGCUGCUCUGUCUUUGUUGGCUCAAGCCAAUGUCAGUUCAAUACCAAUUGUAAAUGAUAACGAUUCACUGCUGGAUGUAUAUUCUCGAAGUGAUAUCACUGCUUUGGCUAAAGAUAAAGCCUAUGCACAAAUUCAUCUUGAUGAAAUAAGUAUUCAUCAGGCUCUGCAAUUGGGUCAGAAUGCAAAUUCUUCAAAUGCGUUCUACAAUGGACAGAGAUGUCAGAUGUGUUUGCGGACUGAUUCUCUACACAAAGUAAUGGAGCGUUUGGCAAAUCCCGGGGUUAGGAGGCUUUUGAUUGUGGAAGCUGGCAGCAAGCGUGUAGAAGGGGUUAUCUCACUGAGUGAUGUCUUCAGGUUCCUGCUGGGGAUAUAGCUUAGAUGUUAAGCAAUUUGCAUGCUGUGGUGACGUUGGAGAGGACCAGUCUUUACUCAUUGUUCUCUUAGGUUGGAAGGGCCCCAUGAUUCUGACCCCCACACUUUUUCGUUUUUUAGGAUAGGAAAUUCAAAGAGCAAAAAAGAAUUUGUAAAUUGUGAGUCUUCCAGUCUUCCAUUUCUCCCCCAUUUAACCUAAAUUGUUAUAAAGUCGAAUCAUGCCGAUGGACAAAACGCCAUGUUUAUUAUUGCCAACAGAAAAUGAGGUUCAAAGUGCAUUGAACUGCCUGUGGCAACCCAUGCUGUUGGUAGAAUGUUGGUGAUUGAUUCAAUUUCAGUUUCUGAUCCCAGCUUAUUGAUUCUA